CGGAAGUGAAUGUCUGCCCCAGUGAGUCACAGCAGUCAGGUGGACUUUGGCUGCUCGGAUGGAGUGAAGAUGAUUCACAGCGGUUCUGUGUCACCUUUAACGCUUCACUCGGGUCUGAAUGAGGGAUAAAGUGCUGAAGGAGUGAUCAGGGCACAGAGAGAGAGGGAUAAAGUGCUGAAGGAGUGAUCAGGGCACAGAGAGAGAGAGGGAUAAAGUGCUGAAGGAGUGAUCAGGGCACAGAGAGAGAGGGAUAAAGUGCUGAAGGAGUGAUCAGGGCACAGAGAGAGAGGGAUAAAGUGCUGAAGGAGUGAUCAGGGCACAGAGAGAGAGGGAUAAAGUGCUGAAGGAGUGAUCAGGGCAGAGAGAGAGAGGGAUAAAGUGCUGAAGGAGUGAUCAGGGCACAGAGAGAGAGGGAUAAAGUGCUGAAGGAGUGAUCAGGGCACAGAGAGAGAGGGAUAAAGUGCUGAAGGAGUGAUCAGGGCACAGAGAGAGAGGGAUAAAGUGCUGAAGGAGUGAUCAGGGCACAGAGAGAGAGGGAUAAAGUGCUGAAGGAGUGAUCAGGGCACAGAGAGAGAGGGAUAAAGUGCUGAAGGAGUGAUCAGGGCACAGAGAGAGAGGGAUAAAGUGCUGAAGGAGUGAUCAGGGCACAGAGAGAGAGAGGGAUAAAGGGCUGAAGGAGUGAUCAGGGCACAGAGAGAGAGGGAUAAAGUGCUGAAGGAGUGAUUAGGGCAGAGAGAGAGAGGGAUAAAGUGCUGAAGGAGUGAUCAGGGCACAGAGAGAGGAGGAGAAUGCAGCGGUGCGGAGUCCCAGCGCCUCUCCUGCUCCUCUUUCUGCUGCUCUGUGGGACAUUUGGGUCCAGUGGCGGGCUGCAGGAGCUCGAACCCGAGACCCCAGACUGGAGGGAGACUUUAAAAACCAUCCGGAACGGAAUUCACAAGAUAGACACCUACCUGAACUACGCCCUGGAUUUAAUCGGAGGGUCUGAUGGACUGUGUCGGUUUCAGUGCUCUGAUGGAUACAAACUCAUUCCCAGACCUCACUACAAACACUCUCCUCCCAACGGCUGCGGCUCUCCGCUGUUUGGAUUUCAUUUUGAUCUCGGGAUUCCGUCGAUGACUAAAUGCUGUAACCAGCACGACCGCUGCUACGACACGUGUGGACGAGAGAAACAUGACUGUGAUGAUCAGUUCCACAUGUGUUUGGAGACGAUAUGUAGGAAUGUACAGAUCACACUGGGACUGGAGCAGAGUGUACACGCGUGUGAGUCGGCAGUGACUCUGCUCUUCGAUGCCGUCAUGCACCUGGGCUGUAAACCCUACCUGGACAGUCAGAGAGCUGCGUGUAUCUGCCGCUAUGAGGAGAAGACUGACCUGUGAUCAGCUGUGUUUGGGCUUUGAAAAUCCUGAGGAACGUCUGAAGAGUCAGAGCUCCGCCCUCAAAGUCUGCAGCACUGCGUAGUUUAACGUUUUCUCUGUGUGUGUGUGAUGUUUAAAAGUGUUUCUCAACCUGUAAUCAACAAAUAAUAUAAAAGAUCCUUUGAAAAAUA